ACAUGCAGAGCAGAGGUUUCAUUCUGUCCACUUGACCACAGUGUUGCAGUCUUCAAUUAAAGACAUGGGCGGAAAAACUUUCAUCAGGAAUAUCUUUCUACUGCUUCUGGUUCUCACCAUUGGUGAGGUUUUCACCAUUGAUGUCUGUUCUAACACUAUUCUACCUGGAUCAAAAGGUGACCAAGGCGAAGUUGGAGAUAAAGGAGAUGAAGGAAGAUUGGGGAAAUCUGGCCCCCCUGGAUACAGAGGCCUGCCAGGAGAGAGCGGCGAGAAGGGGGAGCAUGGCCGGAUAGGAAAGAUGGGCCCUGCAGGAGAAAGAGGGGAAAAAGGCGAGCAAGGAAUGCACGGACCUUCCGGACUAAAAGGAAAAGCAGGCACUACCUGUGACUGCGGGAGGUACAGGAAGGUUGUUGGGCAGAUGGAAAUCAACAUAAACAGACUGAAAAAUAGUGUCAAGUUUGUGAAAAAUGUUCUUCUGGGCAUUAAGGAGACAGAGGAGAAGUUUUACCUGCUGGUAAAGGAGGCUCGCAGGUACCGUGAUGCCCUCAUGAACUGUAAGCUGCGGGGCGGAACUCUGGCUAUGCCUAAGAACACAAACACCAAAACACUGCUGAGCGGAUAUAUCAGCGAGGCCAGCCUCACCCACGUGUUCAUCGGCCUGCGGUCAGCAGAGGCUGGAGGAGGAUAUGUGUUCGCUGAUGGUGGAGCUCUGAUUAACUCCACAGCCUGGGGUCUGGAGGUGCCAUCCGUGGUCAGCAACAGCAGCUGUGUACAGAUGGGAUCUAGUGGGGCUUGGAGUCAGACGGAAUGUGACACUGCAAAGUAUUUCAUAUGCGAGUUUUCAAGAAAAUAAAAAGUGUCCUAUACACUGUAAACACAAUUUUCACAUCAAGUCUGUUUUACAUUACAUUGGAUAUUUCCAAAUAUACCUAAACUCUUUUGAGUUAUAAGAACAUUUGUGGCCACGUAUAUAUUUAAACAGAGAUUUAAAUAUGUUAAAUGUUUGAGUUAAAUCAAUUUAUAAUUACUCAGUUUAUCCUGUUACCUUUGACCAUUUCUUUUUUUUUCAAAUUCUUCCCAUUUUCUCCCCAAUUUCUCGGCAAAUCACCCAACUCACUCAUUAGGACUCCCCCUAUGACCAUUUCUUUUUUUAUAUAGUUUUGUGGUACAAUUUAUUUGCGUACAGGGUGUGCCCCACAGUUUUUGACACUCACAACCAGUAUGUAGUGAUUAUCCCAGGGUACCAUGGGUAAAACCUUUGGAUGAUAUAUUAUGAUUGGCUGCCUGGCCACUAUGUUGUAGGCUGUAAGAGCAAGCAUCAUUUUCUGAGCUGCUAACUAUGUGAUGGCUGUGUGCUUUACUUUUCUUUCUAUAGCAUUUUUGUCUCCAUAUAAUUCCAGAUGAGUAUUUUAAAUCUAUAUUAUACUUUACAUCAAAUACAAUUAAAAGUAUAAUUUUUGUGCAAAGCUUAAAGACAUUACUUUAAAAAAAUACAAAUGACCUCAACUUAUUUAAGUAAAUUCAGCUUAUCAAGGCUCACUGUAUGUAUAGGAAAAGUUUAAAGAUGUAUUUACUUACAAGCAGUAUCUAAAUGUAUGCUACUUCUGAUGAUCUACAGGAGUAAAGUGUAUGUAAAUACUAUAUUGUAUUAUAAUAUCGUAAGACUGGUAAUAACAGUUGUUCAUUUACUCAUAAAUAAAACAUACCACAUGACGUAAUAACAUUUAAAUGA